AUGGCGGAUUCCUCGCCCGCGCUGUCUCUGCGGGAAGGCGGCCUCCGCGUAUCCCGACCCAGGGCUCCGUGCUCACCGCCGCCACGCUCCCGCUCCGGCUCGGAGUCCGAGGAAACCGAGCUAUCUCUGAGCUUGGCCCGCACCAAGACCCGCUGGUACGGCAGCACGGCCAGCGUACGGGUGCCUCUGGGCGCCGGCGUCAUUGAGCGCCAUGUGGAACACCGGGUCUGCGCCGGCGACACGCUGCAGGGCAUCGCGCUCAAAUACGGAGUCACGAUGGAGCAAAUAAAAAGAGCAAAUAAACUGUUUACCAAUGAUUGUAUAUUUCUGAAGAAAACUUUGAAUAUCCCAGUUAUAUCAGAAAAGCCUUUGGUGUUUAAUGGACUUAACUCCAUUGAUUCUCCAGAAAAUGAAACUGUUGAUGGCAGUCUUUCAUGUGAAGAGUCAGCAGUGGCUAGGGAAGACCUGUGUCCUCCUAGUCCUCAGGAAUGUGAUGUUCAGCCUGUGCAGUGUGAGGAAGUGUCAGCCCGAGAUUUCCUGCAGAGACUCGACUUGCAGAUUAAAUUGUCAACACAGGCAGCUAAGAAACUCAAAGAAGAAAGCAGAGAUGAAGAAAGUCCCUAUGCAACUUCCCUCUAUCACAAUUAG